AUGCAUGCAGCCGCACAUGGUAGAAUUGUUCAACUCUCUCGUAUUCGGAAAGAAAUCGCGGAUCUCACCAAAAACAAACGUUGCUAUAUCAAAGAUUUUCGGAAAAUCCAAAAGUGCAAGGACGUUUUCCAGUUCAAAAUUCUUGGAGAUACCUCACUUUUCAAGGAUCUCAUCUUCACUUUGGAUUUGGAUGUCAGUCUGGAUUACCCGUUCAAACCUCCGUUUUUGAAAUUCUGUCACCCAGUCUAUCAUCCAAAUAUUGAUCCUGUAACUCAUGAGAUUUGUUCUCCGAUGCUUCUUCAGGAGAAUUGGAAACCAGGAACAACGAUUGAAGACGUUCUUCUGAAUGUGAUUGUGUUGCUCAAUGAACCAGAUAUUUCUCGUCCGGUGAAUUUUGAAGCGGCUGCUGAUUAUAUCAACGAUAAGGCGAUCUACAUGGCAAAAUUCAACGAGGUAGUGAAGAAGUGGACGGUUUAG